UUUCCUUUAGGCCUACCUUCCCACAACGGGCUCUGGUCCUACGGGCAUAUUUCAUUAACGUGGGGAAUCCCGGUCUUGCCAUUGCCAAUUUGCCAUUGACUUUUGAGUACAUGUGUGCGGCGACUCCCAAUAAGGGAGUGGCCUAACUUUCCCUGCACAGGUAAAGCGACGAGAACCACGAAGCGCUUACUUGAGAUUUCAGCUCUGAUAAGUCGGAGUUUAGGGUCGCAAGAAUCAACUUUCGCAGCCAUGAGUGUUUCAUCGGAAGGGUCGAUUCCUACCACAGAGGACGAAUUGGAAUCGCCCAUCGACGAGCUCCUGGGGUCCCAGUCCAGACGCUGGCUGUCGGAUAUCUUUGGCGGUCAACCACCGGACACCAACGGGAACGUCAAACCCGUGGGUCAGGACGGCCUCUUCAUUGACUACACCUUUCCUGUUGGACAAGAGCUGCUGGCCAAGUCCGUUGAAUGGAAGCGGCCCAUGGAGCUGUGUAAAUCAUCUCCUCCUCAGUUCAUCGUGGACGGAGCCACACGCAUGGAUGUGUGCCAAGGGAAUCUGGGGGACUGCUGGUUCCUGUCGGCCCUGGCCUCCCUCUCCAUGCACCGCUCCCUACUGAAGAGGGUGGUGCCUCCGGGCCAGGGCUUCCAGAACGGAUACGAUGGCAGCUUCUACUUCAGGUUCUGGCAGUAUGGGAAGUGGGAGGAGGUGAGGGUGGAUGACCUCCUGCCCACACAGAACGGUCAGCUGUACUACCUCCGCUCUCCCAACAGAAACGAGUUCUGGAGCUGUCUGCUGGAGAAGGCCUACGCCAAGCUGAAGGGGGGCUACCAGGCUCUGGAGAUGGGCUUCCCCCACGAGGCCAUGGCGGACAUGACGGGCGGGGUGACGGAGGUUCUCUCCGUGGCCUCCUUCUCCGAGAACCUGCCGAGGGCCCUGCAGCACCUGCUGCGCAAGGGGGCCCUCAUCAACUGCGCCAACUGUCAGGGCCCUCUGGAACAGAAGAAUGAACAGGGGAUCCUGUUCAGACAUGCCUACUCUCUGACUGCAGUGGAGAGGGUGGAGACGAGCGCGGGCCCCGUGACCCUGGUGCGUCUGCACAACCCCUGGGGCGGCACCGAGUGGAAGGGCCGCUGGAGCGACCUCAGUGGGCCAGAGUGGAACACCGUGAGUGAGGAUGAGCAGAGACGUCUGGGCAGAGUCAGCAAAGAGGACGGAGAGUUCUGGAUGUCGGUGUCGGACUUCCGUAGGAACCUGGAGAUCAUUGAGCUGUGUCACAUGAGCGACUCGCUCAGCCAAUCCGGCACCACAGGGCGACCCUGGCACUGCCAAAUGCACCAAGGCCAUUGGGUGCCCAAUCUCUCCGCAGGCGGGCCUCUGAGUCUUGGCUACUACUACCAGAACCCCCAGUUCUUCCUGACCCUGUUAGAGGAGGACGACGACCCCUCCGACCCAGAGAAGACCUGCUCCUUCCUGGUGGCUCUGAUGCAGAAGCACAUCAGAAGCUCCGGGUUGCGCCUGUCUAUAGGCAUGAACGUGUACCAGGCCCGUGGCCCCGGGACCCCCCUGUCCCCCCAGGACCUGAUGGGGCUCGCCCCCGUCCUGGGCUUGGCUCACGUCAUGCGGCGGGAGACGGUGUUGCGUGGCGCCCUGGCGCCCGGGCAUUACGUCAUCAUCCCCUAUGCCUCCCUACCCAAUCAGGAGGGGCGCUUCAUCCUCAGGGUCCUGACGGAGAAGGGCAACGAUGCCUCACCAGCUCCCAUGCAUGAGAUAGCAAACAUCUCCACAUUCGAGGAGUCCCCCUUCCCUCACCUGAAGGCCCUCCCAUCACCCAACUCCACCAGACAGCUAUUCAGAAAGCACUGCAGCAAGGGCGUUUGCAAACCACUGAACCUCCACCGCCUGCUUACAGAGGCUAUUCAAGGGGGAGUGCUGGCGGGCAGUGAGAGGUAUCUGGCCCUGGAGCACUGUAAGAGCAUGGUGGUCCUGGUGGACAGCAAAGGUUUGGCUGUUCUAGACUGGCCGGGCUUCAAGACCCUCUGGUAUAAGAUCCAGAGUUGGACGGAUGCAUUCCUGAUACAUGACAAGAAUGGCUCUAAGAAACUCGAGUACGUGGAGGUCAGCUCUGCCAUGAAGUCCGCAGGCAUCAACAUGGACAGCUCUGUGAUGCAGUUUGUUGGGCUGAGAUACACAGAGCCAGACAUGACCGUCAGCUACCCUGGGUUCCUGUACCUCAUGAUGAAACUGGACAGCAUGAUCCAGAAAUUCCAAGCGUUCGAUGUCGCAGGACGGGGAAUGAUCUCGAUGUCCUUCAAACAGUGGCUCCAUCUGACCAUGUUCAACUGAGGGCCCCGCUAACCUCAACGACCUCUGGACUUUCAGUUGUUUUUAGGAAUAGUUUUGAAAAGCUAUUGAGUUUUAGCUCAGCUAUAAGCAAUUUAACGUUUCAUUUUACAUUAGAAAACUGAACAGUGGCAUUCAACCUUUUUCAUGUUUAGAAUAUUGCACUAUUGCAUUGAUUUCAUCGUCUUUGUGAUCCACGUUAAUGACUAAAAGUUUUUUGUCUACAGGGUUUAUUCCAUGUUAAUUUCAAUCUGUCUGAUAUUAUGUGUCUAUAUAUUUACCUUAUAUUGUUCAAUUCAAAAGGUUCUGUUAUUAUUUUAUCAAACAUUUCUGCGCUUUUGGUCAUUUGUGUGGCCUAGAUAAUGCAUAAAACCCUAAAUAAAACACAUGACGGUAUAUGUAAA